AUGAUUUAUCAGAUGGUUAUACCAAUUUCAAUGGGUUUCCAUGGAAUUUAUGACUACGACUCCAAUGAAAAAGCCUAUAUUUUAUGGUCCGUAGCAAUUGGAACGUUUUUGGGAACAUUUCCGCUACACUUUUUGUACACAAAGUUUGGCGCAAAAAUACCGUUCUUUAUCUGUGGACUUGUCUCGUAUUGUACAACUGCUUUGAUUCCAUUUUCUGCAAAAACGAAUUAUUAUUUUUUGAUAUUGCUCAGGUUUAUACAGGGAUUCGCCUAUUCUGCUGAUUUUGCUGCCAUCGGACUAAUCAACGGACGAUGGGCUCCAGUAUCAGAAGUCACCAUUUUCAUGUCCAUUUUAACAUGUUUCAAUGGAAUUGCUUCAACGAUUACAAAUGUUGGAACUGGUCUUCUCUGUGAAAGUUCUCUCGAUUGGAAAUGGUCUUACUAUCUUCAUUCGAUUUUUGGAUUUGUUCUUUUUGGAUUAUGGUACUUGGCAUAUAUUGAUUAUCCUGAAGAUAUACAACGAGUUUCGGAUUUGGAGUUGAAAAAAAUUCAGAAGGAUAAGUCGGAGGCUCAUUUGAGCAAAAAGUGUGAUGUCCCUUAUAAAGAAAGAAGCUAA